AGCUGUCAUCCGUCAGUCCCAUCCAAACGUUCCAUCACAGCAGCAUAGCAGCAGGAGCAGAAGCAGCAGUCCGUUUCCUAUUUUGUUGGGUUUUAUUUUUGCGUUCUGCAAGGUAACCUCUUUUCCACAGCGUGACCCUUCAUUGUCGGCGAAACAAUAUUCGCCGUUUUGUGCGUGUGGUGGCAGUGAUGGUGGCAUAUUUCCCGUGUGCCUGUGUGUGAUGUGUAUGCUGGCUGUUAAGUGAAUCGUGCGGGGCGAACGCCAGCAGCGGCAGCAGCAGCAGCGGACAUCGGUCUGCCUGGUGCUUUCCGCACAACAACAAUCAAUCGCGGUCCAAUCAGCCAACCCAAACAGAACAACCUCGGCCAGCGGCGACCCCCCGGGUCCCACGCGUGCUCAAUCAAGUGCCGUUCAAACUUUCGUACAAUCAGCACCUCAAGCGCCCCACCAACAACAACAACAACGAAGACAAAAAAAGCAGAAAAUCUUUCCCGUUCGAAAAAAAAAUAAAUAAAAUAAAACAAAAAAACGAUGGAUCCCACCGAUGAGGAGGCAUCGGCUAACCAGCUGUCGUCCGACGAUAUCGAGCAAAACUUCCUGACGCAGUUUAGCUCGAUGGUGACAACGGACAAGGAGGAGCUGAUCCACCAGUUUCAGUCGAUCGGCGAGAACGUUAAUUACUCCACGGCGACCUUCUUUCUCGAUAUGACCAACUGGAAUCUGCAGGCCGCGGUAGGAUGUUACUUCGAUUUUAUGGCCCAAAAUCGGCAACCGUCGAUGAAGCUGCUCAACGACAUCACAGUAGGCAAGGGCGAGAAGAUCACACCAAACACAGCUAUCAAGCUGACCUGGCUGCUGCAGAACAACGGCGAGGUGGCGUGGCCAAGCGGCACGUACGUGAGCCUGCGCCAGAUCCCCAACCUGCGGGAGCAAAACAUUCCGCUGUCGUACGAGGACCUGAAGUACUACGUGCCUGCCGUGCUGCCGAACGAUACGGUGACCGUCUCGGUGCAGCUGGUCAGCCCGUCCACGGUCGGGCUGUUCGAAACCGUCUGGUCGAUCUACACCCCGAGCGGCAUCAGCUUCGGAGAUAACAUCAUUUCGCGGAUCGAGGUAAGCGCGGACGGCACGAUGGCGGUCACGCAACAGUUUUCCCAUCUGCAAACUAGCUCCACCGCCGAGCUGAAUCCGCAGCAGAACGCCCCGGAGUCACAGCCGAACCAGCUCGACGAUAGCGAAAUGUGGGGAUAGCCAAGCGACAAAAGCGUUCGGACUCUACCGCGCCAGCCACCUCUGUACAGCACACUGUAGUGUAAUGACUAGUGUAUCCGGCCUUGUGUUUCGUUGCCGUUCCUACCCUCAGCUGCUGGCUGGCCGCUUACUACACUCUCCACUAAUCGAGUUCGUUAGUUUAUUUAAAUUAUUCAAUUGCCACUUUUCUGACUAAACAGAUCAUACCAAAACAUUGCGAUGCGUAUUCAAUUCGGGGGUUGGUAGGCGGAGCGGCAGCCUCCACCAUCCUCAUCCCCCUUGGUCAAGGCUUGAUUUUGCAUGAUUUUCCUUCCCGCGGCCCGUGCUGCUGUUGCUUGGUUGGUGCGGAGUGGCGGGUGGAGCAGUGGGGAAUGGCAAAAAACAUGCUUUAAAUGAAAAAUAUUACAGGGUUUCCCACGGUUUAUUAGUUAGUUCCCAUGAUUUUUUGGUGCGUUCCCAUGAUUUUUUGAUCGUAUCCCGGUGGUAUUUUAACCCAUUGGUAUUGAAAAUACCAAUACAAUUAUUUCGUAUAAUUAAUUGGUAUUUUCCAAUUAGAUAUCAUCAUACAAUUUGACCAAAAAAUUCUGGGAAAAUCAUGGGCACGCACCAAAAAUGUAUGGAAACCAACCAAUAAAUCUUGGGAAAUCCUGUAUUGUAGGGAACGCUGCUAAUACUUGGGGUAUAUACUGGGUUUUCCAGGUGUUCUCGUAGUUGUGGGACACUUUCUUGACUCUUUCUUAUAGGAAGUGUACUUCAUAUGAUGAAAAAUGGACUCUAGGGCACCCUUUUUGGACAGGCUCGUUGGAAAUUCCUAUUGGAUUUGUGCAACAAGUGUGCUGUAGAGUCGAAUUCCUAUUACAUUAAAUUCAUUUCACGUAAGAAGGAGUCAAUAAAGUGCCCCACAGCUAUGAGAACUCCUGGAAAACCCUGUAAAAUUCCUUUAUUUGGUGUGCUAUGCUCUAUAUUUCAAUGGACGUUCUUUAAAAUGUCAUUUAAAAAAUUCACGUCCACUCGCAAUCACUAAACGAACCUUUAUUUAGCCUCAUUUAUUUAACGUUGAUCGAAAAACGCUAAAAAGGUAGAGCGUUUAAUUGUAGUUAACUUUACCAACAAAGACAUUUUAAAAAGAAUUAUUUAUUUACAUCUACAAUCUCUUUGUGCAAUCCACGCUGUGAACAUGAUUGGCAGCGCUUACCGUGUUUGAAAGCAUUACAAUCUUGCCCGACCCUUCUGCCCUCCACCCCACCCCGAAUGGCCUUCAGCUGCACAGGGUGGUGCGCGUUCGACAAUAAGUUUUCGGACAUUUCAUCGAAACAAGCCUUGAUCCCUAUGUGCUUUGGCUGUGCGCUACGGCCCGGAGCUCGACCGGGCACCGCUGAUUUAUACUAAAGAUUUGCUCAAACGAAAGCAUCACACCUGCAGAAGAAGAAAAAAAACGGCGAAACCUUACACAAAUAGGGGUUCAGCAGGGGAAACCGUUGUAGCAACCAAAGGAUUAUGAGACCGUUUGAAUCGAAAAGGCUGCGCGCACGGCUAGUGUGAUGGAUGGAGAAAGGAUAAGAAUUUAAUCGUUAAGAACCCUUUUGCUCCCCACACCCCCCUUCUCCUGCCCUCCGCUAUCGUCUAAAAAAAGCAAAGCAAAACUACCCAAAACGUUUGAAACUCAAGAUCGAAACUCGCGCGACCGCCUGUAAAGCAGCCGGAAGACUUAAUUUAUUUGCUCGCUGUGUGGCAAUGCGACGAGAAUCUAAAUUUAAUUUAUCUGAUUAGAAUUGUUAAACACACAACUGACAGGCACGGCAACAAGCACGAGAGCUUUUGCAAACCAAAUCCUCUCACGACUCCAUCCAUGCGCAACAACUUUGCCGGGGUAGUAGGCGAAGCAAGGGGAAUUGUUAUUGCAGCUCCCCAUUGCUACCUUGUACAGAAACACCACUUGCGCGUGAUUGUUUUUUUUUUGUUUUUCGCUCAUUAAUGUUGCCGUUUUUCGUGCGAUUUAAUAAUAGUAAGUAAUUUUGCGUAAUUUUGCGUAAUUUUGCAAGCAAAGGUAACCCAUUACUGCCCGCGUGCAGCUCAAAAACGUGAUCCAAAUGAGCUGAAACUGUAUAUUACACCUUAGGUUUGUGCCAACACGCGGGGCGGGGAGACAGAUUUGUUGUUGUUUGUGAAUUUUUGAGAUGUGUUUAGAGGCUACCUGAAACGCAUGAAUAUUUGUACGCCGAUCAGCUAGCAGAAAUGAUUUCAAUAGUUAAUCAGCAUUAUCGGCUUUUGAAUCGUUGUGUGUGGAUGCUGGACGAAGUACUGCGAAGGGUGCAUAAUAGGGAUGGUAGAAAUGAAGUUUUCCAGAUAGUUGGUCCAGAAUCAGUUUCCGGAAUAGAUUUGGGAAUUGACCCCGGAAACGGCUUUGGAAUCGGUUCCGGUUCCGGAAUCGAUUCCAGUUCCGGAAUCAUCUUCGUUUCCUGUGCCGGAAUCGGAAUCGGCUCCGGAAUCAGAAUCGGUCCUUGAAUCGGAUUCGGUUCCAGUUCCGGAAUCGUCUCCGGUUCCGGAAUCGGAAUCGGUUCCGGAGUCGGAAUCAGAAUCGGUUCCGGAAUCAGAAUCGGUCCCAGUUCCGGAAUCGUCUCUGGUUCCCGUUUCGGAAUCGUCUCCGGUUCCGGAAUCGGAAUCUGCCCCGGAAUCAGAAUCGAUUCCCGAAUUUGUCCGGAAUUUGUCCCGGAAUCGGCGCCAAAAUUUGUUCCGGAUUCGGCUUCAAAACCGAAUCCGAUUUCGAAAUCGGUUCCGGAAUCGAAAUCGGUCCGAAAUCAGAAUCGGUUUUGGAAACGGAAUCGAACUAGGUUCCGGAAGCGGAAUUCGCUUCGUAAUCCUUUCGGCAUCCUCAUAAGAACAGGUGUUAGUAUCCAAUGUUACUACGUAUUGAUGGCCGCAAAGAAUCAAAAUUUACUUAUAACGAUCUAUUCGCGUUCCGGAUCUGAUUCCGAUUCCGAUUCUGGAUCCGUUUCCGAAGCUGAUACCGAGUCCGUUUCUGGAAUUGGCUCGGGAUCCGACUCCGGGCUGGGCUUCGCGUCAACUUUCGGAGUCGGAAUCGAUUCAAGCAUAGGUUCCGAGCUCCCACCACUAGUGCAAAUCCACACAUCACACUUCAAACAAAUAUAUGCAUGCUGUGCAUCGGUUGCAAUAUGCACAGCUUCGCUGAGUUUUGUUUGGAUACGUGCUCAUCAAAUGAUUUAUUAGUCAGACUUAACUUCCGACGAUUUUGGUAACACAACAUUUUCGAAGCCUUCUUCGUUCAAAUAUUAAAAAAAAGUACCCUUGUGCUUGAUAUCUCCUCUUUACACUUGCUUUGUAACGUUUUGUCCCAAAUUUGAGGAAUCCUUUAAGAUGGAAGAAAUGGCGUCAUUCAAACACAACAAAAACCAAAAAGAAAAAAAAAGACAGAUAAAGUGAUACUGGCACAAAAAAGCACUAAUAAAUUAGUAUCAUCUACAAUGCGCGUUCAGUUUGGUGGACAAUCGCUCCCCAAAAACGGACUAAUUACGCUAGGCAGUAAUGGGUUAAAAGAAGGCGCAACAGUGCGCACAACAGGGCACGCGUGAUCUCACACAGCUUCUUUAACAAAGUCUGAUCCACACAUCUACCACCCGCCGGACAGGGCAGGUCAGGUGUGACAUAGUGCGGCACAGAACCCUUCCUCUUCUCCUUCUCCUCCUCCGGCCAACUUGGUGCCGGCUAUGUCUGUGGUUUCGCUGCUUGACCGCAGCUUGAGCUCGUUUUUGGUUUUGGCACCGAAAGUCGAUUAAGCCAGGGCGGCAGCGUUUCAGGGCUAGGGUUGUCCUGCUGGGUGUAUAUGCGAGUGUGUGUGUGUUUGUUCAUGUCCGUCAAUUCUUGCUGAUGCCUGAAGCUUGCAGCGUUCUGCAGGUGAACCACUUUUUAAGCAAGCGCUGACACACCGAAGAAGGGUGACUUGAAAUAUGAUCAAAAUCGCUUUAAUUUGACCCCUUUACCCCAUUGUAUAAAUAAAUAAUAAAUUAAAAAAAAAACAUUUUGGUGCAAAGACACA